AUGGCGGCGGCGGUUCAGAGAGGAGGUGGUGCGCGGCGAGCGAUGGAGGAGAGCGACGCGAAGCUUGUGUUCGAGACGUCGAAGGGGGUCGAGCCUAUCAUGAGCUUCGACGAGAUGGGGAUUAAGGACGAUCUCCUCAGAGGAAUUUACAAUUACGGUUUCGAGAAGCCCUCCGCCAUUCAGCAGCGGGCGGUGCUCCCCAUUAUCUCCGGCCGUGACGUCAUCGCACAGGCGCAGUCUGGCACGGGCAAGACGUCCAUGAUUGCGCUCGCUGUUUGCCAGAUUGUUGACACCAAGUCCUCCGAGGUCCAAGCCUUGAUAUUGUCUCCUACGAGGGAGUUGGCGGCACAGACAGAGAAAGUAAUACUGACAAUUGGUGACUAUAUAAACAUUCAAGCUCAUGCUUGCAUUGGAGGCAAAAGUGUUGGCGAGGAUAUAAGAAAAUUAGAGCAUGGUGUUCAAGUUGUGUCGGGCACACCUGGUAGAGUUUGUGAUAUGAUCAAGAGGAGAACCUUACGAACUAGAGCAAUCAAAUUGCUGAUUCUGGAUGAAUCGGAUGAAAUGUUGAGCAGAGGGUUUAAGGAUCAGAUUUAUGAUGUUUACAGAUAUCUUCCACCUGAGCUACAGGUAGUUUUAAUCUCCGCCACUCUCCCAAAUGAAAUAUUGGAGAUGACAAGUAAAUUCAUGACCGAUCCUGUUCGUAUCCUUGUGAAGCGUGAUGAAUUGACACUGGAGGGCAUCAAGCAGUUCUUCGUAGCAGUAGAAAGAGAAGAAUGGAAGUUUGAUACUCUGUGUGACUUAUAUGAUACCCUUACCAUUACCCAAGCUGUUAUCUUCUGCAACACUAAGCGUAAGGUUGACUGGCUGACGGCUAAAAUGCGCGAGAAUAACUUUACUGUCUCUUCUAUGCAUGGAGAUAUGCCGCAAAAGGAGCGAGAUGCAAUCAUGGAUGAAUUCAGGUCUGGCCAAACCCGAGUUCUUAUCACAACUGAUGUUUGGGCUAGGGGAAUUGAUGUUCAACAGGUUUCUCUGGUGAUCAAUUAUGAUCUCCCUAAUAAUCGAGAGCUUUACAUUCAUCGUAUUGGACGGUCUGGCCGUUUUGGGAGAAAGGGUGUUGCCAUAAACUUUGUUAAAAGCGAUGACAUCAAAAUCCUGAGAGAUAUCGAGCAAUAUUACAGUACACAGAUUGAUGAAAUGCCGAUGAAUCAGCCGUUCGCCGCCGCGACCACCUCUCUCUCACUGAUGGCUCUCUUUACUCCAAACUUUUCUCUCAAAGUUUCAACCUCUACUGUUCCUCAACGCCGUCGGUUUGUGGAAUCCCGACGUAUCUUUCCUCCAAGGGCCUCCAUUGCUGUCGAGACCACUUCAUCCUUCACUAUCGAUGGCGGCACUCCAAGGCUCCUCCUCGAAGUCAAAGACCUGUCCGCCGUAAUCACCGAGUCCAAGCAGCCUAUCCUGAAAGGUGUUAACCUCACUGUCUAUGAAGGAGAGGUUCACGCUGUGAUGGGGAAGAAUGGUUCUGGGAAGAGUACUUUUGCGAAGGUGCUUGUUGGCCAUCCGGAUUAUGAAAUUACUGGAGGAAGUGUAUCGUAUAAAGGACAAGAUUUGUUUGAGAUGGAACCUGAGGAACGAGCUGUGGCUGGCUUAUUUAUGAGUUUCCAGUCGCCAGUUGAAAUUCCUGGAGUAAGCAAUAUUGACUUCCUGAACAUGGCAUACAAUGCCCGAAGGAAGAAACUUGGAUUACCAGAGCUUGGGCCAAUUGAGUUUUACGCCUAUGUGGCACCUAAGCUCGAACUUGUGAAUAUGAAGAUCGACUUUUUAAACAGAAAUGUCAAUGAAGGAUUCAGUGGGGGAGAAAAGAAGCGCAAUGAGAUUUUGCAGCUCGCGGUUCUCGGUGCAGAAUUGGCUAUUUUAGAUGAAAUUGAUUCUGGUUUAGAUGUAGAUGCUCUUCGGGAUGUCGCAAAAGCAGUUAACGGGCUCCGAACUCCGAACAAUUCAAUCUUGAUGAUAACACACUAUUUACGCCUUCUGGAAUUCAUAAAGCCGACCUAUAUCCAUGUCAUGGAGAAUGGGAGGAUAGUGAAGACCGGAGAUAUAUCCAUUGCCAAACUAUUGGAAAAAGAAGGCUACAAGGCUAUUUCUGGCUAA